UUACCUAUUCUUCUGAUCUGCAAGAUCAUGGCAGAGUCGCUGCUACUCCCUCUUGUGCGUGGCGUGGCCGGCAAGGCCGCAGAUGCACUUGUCGAGGCCAUGACCCGCAUGUGUGGCCUUAACGAUGACCGCCGAACGCUAGAGCGCCAUCUCCUAGCCGUCGUGUGCAAGUUGAACAAUGCGGAGGAGAGGAGCGAGACAAAUAUCUAUGUCAAGAGCUGGAUGAAGGAGCUCAAGUCUGUCGCCUACGAGGCUGAUGACGUGCUCGACGACUUCCAGUACGAGGCUCUGCGUCGCCAAUCAAAGAUCAGCAAGUCCACUACCCGCAAGGUGCUCAGCUACGUCACCCCCCACAGCCCACUGCUCUUCCGUUUUGAAAUGAGCAAGAAACUGAAGAACAUCCUCGAGAAGAUCAAUACGUUGGUUGAGGAGAUGAACAAAUUUGGCCUGGAGAAUUCUGAACAUAGGGAUGAGCAGCGACAUCCUUGGAGGCAGACGCACUCCAAACUGGAUGACUCUACCAAAAUAUUUGGGAGAGAUGAUGAUAAGGAGGUGGUGGUGAAGCUGCUGUUGGACCAGCAAGAUCAGCAAAAAGUGCAGGUGUUGCCCAUCUUUGGGAUGGGAGGUCUUGGCAAGACGACUCUUGCUAAGAUGGUAUAUAAUGACCAAGAGGUCCACCGGCAUUUCAAGUUAAAGAUGUGGCACUGUGUGUCAGAGAACUUUGAUGUCAUUGCUCUUGUCAAAUCCAUCAUUGAAUUGGCUGCAAAUGGAAGUUGUUACCAUCCUGGCAGCAUUGAACUACUGCAAAAGCAACUUGAGCAAGUCAUUGGCCAAACAAGGUUUAUGCUCGUGCUUGAUGAUGUGUGGAAUGAAGAUGAGAAUAAAUGGGAGGAUAUCCUGAAGCCUCUUUUGUGUUCUGUUGGUGGACCAGGAAGUGUAAUAGUUGUCACAACACGAAGCCAGAAAGUGGGCUCUAUAAUGCAGACCCUUCAACCCUAUAAGCUAGCAUGUCUGAGUGAACAAGAUUCAUGGGAAUUGUUUGCACAAAAAGCAUAUAGCAACAGUUUAGAGAAGGAGAAAGCAGAGUUGGUCAGCAUUGGGAGACGUAUUGUCAAUAAAUGCAGGGGGCUACCUCUUGCUCUCAAGACAAUGGGUGGAUUGCUAGGUUCAUAUCAACAAGUACAAGAAUGGAAGGCCGUCGAAGAAAGUAAUAGUACCGAUAAUGUUAGAGGGAAAGAUGAGAUCAUGUCCAUCCUAAAGUUGAGCUACAGACACCUAUCAUCUGAAAUCAAACAAUGUUUUGCAUUCUUAGCAGUUUUCCCCAAGGAUUAUAAGAUGGACAAGGACACAUUGAUCCAACUAUGGAUGGCAAAUGGUUUUAUUCAAGAGAAGGGAACAAUUGAUUUGAAAACAAGAGGAGAAUUCAUUUUCAAUGAGUUGGUUUGGAGGUCCUUCCUCGAAGAUAAGCAGGAGCAAACACACAAUGAUGGUACAAGAAGUUAUGUGACUAUUAACUGUAAAAUGCAUGAUUUAAUGCAUGAUCUAGCAAAAGAUGUCACUGAUGAAUGUGCAAGUAUAGAAGAACUGGCUCAGCAGAGAGCAUUGUUACAAGAUGUUUGUCACUUGCAAACCUCAGACGCUGAACUGGAACAAAUCAGUGGGUUAUGCAAAGGCAGAACACACCUCCGCACUUUGUUAGCUUCUUCAGAAUCAUAUAUGGAUUUUAAUUAUAAUAAUUAUAAUUUUCUGAGCAAAUCGCACAAGGAUAUUAAGGAGUUGCAACAGGUAUUGUCAUCACUAAGAGCAUUGCAUUGCUCCCCCACUGCAGCUGUCAUUUGCAAGACCAUAAAUUCAAAACAUUUACGGUAUCUUGACCUCUUCGGGUCUGACAUCGUUAGGUUACCAGAUUCAAUAUGUAUGUUGUAUAACCUACAAACACUGACGCUCAUAAAUUGCCAGGAGUUGCAGCAGUUACCAGAAAACAUGGCAAGAUUGAUAAAGCUCAUCCAUCCUUAUCUUUCUGGUUGUUAUAGUCUCAAAAGUAUGUCUCCAAACUUUGGUCUACUGAAGAACCUUCACAUAUUAACAACAUUUGCUGUGGGUACUGGAUAUGGCCUUGGGAUGAAACAACUCAAAGGUUUGCAACACCUUAGCAAUAGAUUGGAACUAGUGAAUUUGAGCAACAUAAAGAGUGGGGAGAAUGCAAAAGAAGCCAAUCUCUGUCAAAAGGAAAAUCUAAGUGAGUUGUUGUUCUCUUGGGACCAACAAAUAGAUGAUGAGCCUACAGAUGUGGAAGAAGUGCUUCAGGGAUUAGAGCCUAACAGUAAUAUCCAAAAGUUGGAGAUACAUGGAUAUGGUGGCCUGGAAAUAUCACAGUGGAUGAGAAACCCUCAAAUGUUUAACUGCUUGAGAGAACUCAAAUUUUUUGACUGCCCAAAAUGCAAGAGUAUACCUGUAGUCUGGCUAUCGGUAUCUCUAGAGAUUUUGCUCUUAGAGAAGAUGGAUAGCCUGACAACAUUAUUAUGUAAUAAUCUUGAUGUGGAAUCUGGAUUCAUUAGCCCUCUGCAAAUUUUCCCAAGGUUGAAGAGAAUGAUGUUGAUUGACCUACCAAGACUGCAGAUAUGGUCUGAAAAUAGUGUGGGGAUGCCUAGUGAUAGCUUGGUAACAUUCCCAAUGCUUGAAGAGCUAAAAAUAGAAAAUUGCCCUGAGUUUGCAAGUACUUCAACGACCCGCACUGUCAGCUUUCUAGGAAUAAAGGGAGCUCAAGGACCUCUUGAAAAACUUAAGUGUUUGACUCUGAAAGGCCCCAACAGGUUGGUUACAAGCUUCAGAUUGUCCAUAUCACAGCUUAUGCUUUGGAAAUGCUUUCACUUCAUGGAAGAGCUGACGAUUGAUGGAUGCAGUGAUCUUGUCUGCUGGCCGAAUGAGCAACUGCGACUCUUGGAUCGCCUGCGCGUCCUGUGUAUCAGAUAUUGUGACAAACUGGAUGGGUGGUCGCAUCAAAAGGGUACCCUUCCGCUGUCCCUGGAGAAAUUGGAUAUUUCAGACUGCAGAAGUCUAGCCAAGCUGCCUUCAAACCUUGGGAAUCUAGCUAAGCUGAGGAGUCUCAAUGUGAGUGGGUGCAGUGGCCUGAAAGCGCUGCCUGAUGGGAUGGAUGGCCUCACUUCUCUUGGGGAAUUAAAGAUUACUGAGUCAGAUAUGAAGGGAUUCCCGCAUGGUCUCCUGGAGCGGUUGCCCGCCCUCGAACGCUUAAGCAUACUUUUUUGCCCAGAGUUGGCAAGACGAUGCAGAGAAGGUGGGGAGUAUUUCCACUUGGUCUCCUCUGUCCCGUAUAAGAUGAUCGGCCUAUGGUGAGGCUUCACGAAAAUCCAAGCUGCUUGGUAAAUCGGCAUAUGCAUCGCAUGAGUGCCCCCGUAAAUAAUCAAUCUCCCUUCUGUGUAAUGUUCUCAUAUCAAAUUCGGUGAUAACAGGUGAUUUUUUAGAAAAGGGGUGAUAACAGGUGAUGAAUCGAUGUACCUGCAGCUCGGGAGUUCUGAAAGCCUCCUCGGCAGCCGUGCGCGCAGCGACCUGGAGGGGCAACCACUGUCCUCCUCGGCAAGGGGAGGAAGGAAGAAAUGAUGGAAGGAAGGUUCGGCCGCGUGCACCCCGGCCUGGGGCAACUGCUGUUCUCCUCGCCAGAGCGCACGCCGAGGCGUGGAAGAGAUGGAGCCAGAUUUGCCUGCGCCGACGGAGACGAGAGGUGGUGGAGAAGGAGCAGAGAGGAUUAAUGGGCUGGGCUGGGCUGGAUCAUUAUUUGCCUUGUUCCUUGCUUUAUAUUCUGUGUACGACAUCAGAAAUACUUCCAGUCCAUAUUUAUUUUCCGUUCUUUCUCUUUGCGGACGCUAGAAGUAAUAUUUCAUACUGUACAUGAGCUUGUUGCUUUGAUCUCUA